AUGGAGCCUCAAAGCCUGGCCAUCGGGGUCGUUGGUCUCGCCAGGCUUUUCAACGCCUGUCUAGGGACUGUCGCAAGAAUCGAUGCCUACAAAGAAUUCGGGAAUGACUCGUACGCUCUCGCAACCCAUUUCCAUGCCAUUAGGCUUCUCUUUGAGCGAUGGGGUCGCGCGGUUGGUCUUGAGAAAGGGCAGGUCUCGGUUCACUACCACCCCGGCCUGGAUGACCAGUCUGUCUGUCUUGUGGUCGCUGAAAUCAUUUCCAUGAUCCGGAACAUAGUUAGCGAUGCAGGGAACCCGGAAGAUGCAGCAGCCACGAAGCCGUUCGGCUUGACUCGACGCCCAGCUAUCCCAUCCCCUCCCCUACCUCCAAAACGACAAAAGCUUGCGUGGGCGCUGAGAGGAAAGGAGAGGCGGAACGCUGAAGUGGAAACGCUGGAUGGUUUAGUUCGGAAGCUGUACGAGCUCAUCCCUACCGGAGACUCGAACAAGGCAACCGAAAUCACUGCAACGAACAGUGACGCCUUUCGGAAGCUACAAGCCGGCACAGAAUCGUGGGCCAAGGACAUCCAAAACACGCUAAGGAAGAUUGAGCAAGACAUUGAGGCCGAGACGCGAAGAGAAUUGCAUAUGUGGAUAGCAGGCGACCUUCCGAGCGACGUCUAUGAAGAUCUUAAAGAGACUCGAGCAUCAGGCACCUGCAACUGGAUCCUAGACCGAAAAGAGUUUCGUGACUGGCUCAAGUCAAAUGGGAACUCCUCCGUGUCUUCGGUGCUGUGGGUUAAUGCCAUAGCAGGCUGUGGGAAGACAGUAUUAUGCGCAAGGGUAGUUGAGUACCUCUCACAGACUCUGAAAACGCCCAUUGCUCAUUUCUUUCUAUCCUCUCAAAACGCCAGUCGGGAUGACCCCUAUCUAGCAAUCCGAUCAUGGAUCCUUCAGGUUAUAGGUCAGAACGCCCAUGCAUUCAACCUUGCUCGAAUAAAGCGGCUGUCCCAACACGAACAGAAUGCGAGCCGCAUGACUGUAAUCUCUCUCUUCCAAGAAAUAGCACAAGCAAUACCUGGUUGUACCUUCGUUUUGGACGGCCUUGAUGAAUGUACUUGGGUCGGUCUUCAUCACCAAAACCAUGCCUCGAUCAGAGCCUUCCUGCAAGUAGUUGGAGAAACUAUAGAGAGAUCUACUAGUCGUUUCAUGCUGUUUAGCCGCAACGAUGAGAGUAUCCGAAACAGCUUACACAAUAGUCCUACUCACGGUUUCAAUGAAAUACAGGUGGUAGCUCGCGAUGUAUACCACGAUAUCGUCUCCUAUUCAAGAACUAUCGUCAACGAAAGAUUAUCGAACAAGCCCCAAGAUCUCAGAGAUGAUAUUUCACAGCAACUAGCGGACCAAUGCGAUGGACAAUUCCUUUGGGUACGCUUGCAAGCAACGAAGUUACAAAAGAUAUCGAAUAAAUUUCAACUUCAAAGAGACAUUGGCAAUACUCCGGCUGGGCUUGGACAACUAUAUGAGCGAGAAUGGGAAUCUAUCAGUACAAAUCCUGAUAUAGACACAGAACGGGCACUCUCUCUACUUAAGUGGGCUGCAUUUUCUAUCCGACCUCUAUCAGUCGCUGAGAUCGCUGUAGCCGUGCUUAUCAAAACCGGAUGCCCUGGUGUGCCAGUCGAAGAGCUCCCGGAUUUUGAUGACGGGCUAUAUCUUAUAGAGAAUAUCAAAGCCCACAGUGGCUCACUUCUUGAGAUCGCAACCGACAACAAGAGUACGAAGGGGACAGAGAAUACAGAAGAUAUACGCUCAAUGAUGGUGCAAAUAACUCACUUCUCUGUCAAGGAAUUCAUUCUCGCAAGCCUUCUGAUUUCCGACGUCUCACUCAACCGUAACUCGGCCAUUUCCACAUCAUACGAGCAACGUCAACAUAGCGCUCUUGCCGAAGCUUGCCUUCAGUAUAUCUUUCAUCCCCAAUUAUGGACAAUGUAUACUUUGCCAAAAGAAGCGCAUGGAUUUGAAACGGCUUUCCUCGAUUAUGCCGCAGAAAGCUGGUACAAACACGUAUACCUCGGGUCAGAGAGUUUUGGAAUUGUCAACCUGAUCAGCGAUUUUUUCAGCGAUACAACUGGAUCCUUUGAUGAAUGGAGACGAUGGAUCAAUACACAAGCGUAUAAUCGGGGUGUAGUAUCGCAAAUCCCUGAUGAAGAAGACCAGGCAAACCGAUUGCCUUAUGCUAUAUCCAUGCGACUGAGAAAUGCCACAGAAGAUCUUCUAAUCGCAGAGAACUGUGAGAUCAACGGAAGAGGAUACCACGGAGAAACGGCUCUCACAGCAAGCUGCCGUACCGGUCAAGUUGAUGUUGUUAACCGUCUCCUCUCUUCUGGCGCAGGCAUGUCCCUACCAAGCCUGGAGGGCUAUACGCCCCUCUGUAUUGCGGUAGAUCAAGGAUACAUAGCUGUGGCUAGGGUUCUCUUAGAGGCGGGCGCUGAUGUCAACGUUAGAGAUAUCGAGGAAAUCGGGCGAACCCCACUGAUCUGGGCCUCGUCUCAUGGCCACCUAGAGCUGGCCAAGUUGCUAGUUGACAACGGGGCUGAUAUCUCUUUACCAGACAAGUUGGGCAAUACACCCCUACUGGCAGCCGUUCAAGAAGGUCACCUCCAAGUCGCCCAGCUGCUGGCCGAUUCGGGGGCCGACGUCACCGCGUCUGGUAAUGGCGGACACUCACCCUUGUUCUUCGCUGGCAUGAACGGCAAUGUGCCCAUCACAAAACUACUUAUUGAUAAGGGGGCUAGCAUAUCAGCCGCGAUAGAUGAGAAAGGCCCCGCGCUUCAUGCCGCCGCCUCUGGGGGUCAUCUGGAAGUGGCCAAACUCUUACUGAAAAAAGGAGCACAAGUUGACUGCCUUGAUGAGGCCCAAAAGACACCAAUAUACAAUGCUGUUAAUGGUGGUCACUUUGGAAUGACGGAGCUUCUCAUUAAGGAAGGGGCAGACUUGACACUUCGACCAAGGAGUGGUGAAAGUCUCCUUCACGCGGCGGCACAAAACGGUCACUUAGAAAUUGCCCACCUGCUGAUCAGGGCGAAAAGGGGUCUUAUCUUCACCCGGGAUGGCGUCGGAGAUAGUCCACUGAUCUCAGCUCUGUAUGCCGGACAUCUGGAGUUGGCUCGGCUUUUGCUCGAGAAGGAACCAACUCUGAUUGCUGUAGCAGACGGUCAAGGUUGGACGCCACUGCACACAGCCGCAUCAUUUGGCCAUCUGGAACUUUGUGAGCUCCUUUUAGGUAAGGAAGCUAAUCCAUCAUGUCAAACCGAAGAAGGAAAUACUCCACUUCACAUCACUGCAAGUGAAGGCUGCCUGGAAGUUUGCUUGCUCCUUCUAGGGAAGGGAGCGAGUCCAUCAUGUCAAAACAAAGGUGGAAAUACUCCGCUUCAUAUCGCUGUACGUGAAGGCCACUUAGAGGUAGCUGAUUCUCUUCUCAAGAGAGGGGCAGAUCUUAAUAUUGUGGAGAGUUAUGGAUGGGCUCCCAUUAAUAUUGCUGCAGGAAAAGGCCAUUUAGAGGUAGCUGAGCUACUUCUUGGGAAAGGGGCAGAUAUUGCUAUUCCAGAGAAGAUAUCUGGAAGGACCCCGCUCCUUCUCGCUGCAAGCCAAGGCCACUUAGAGAUGGUCAAGCUACUUGUCAAGAAAGGGGCAGACCUUAAUAUUUCAGAUAAUGAUGGAAGGACUCCACUCCUUUUCGCUGCAGGUCGAGGCCACUUGGAAAUGGCCAGGCUACUUCUUGAGAAGGGGGCAAGUAUAAAUACAGGAGACAAGACAUGGACUACACCUUUGCACGCAGCAUGUCACGGCGGCAAUGUCGAGGUAGUGAGCUUUCUACUUGGGCAGCCUGGUGUUCAUCCAGACACGCUUAACCUCUUCGGCCGCCCGCCAUUGUCCGAUGCAGCUCGUCGUGGUCAGAUUGAUGUUGUCAAGGCAUUAAUCUGCAGCAACGCCAGGGUAGACAUAUCGGAUGGGCUUGGCUUGCCACCUCUAUUUUACGCUUUGCGUAACGGUCACAGCGAGGUUGUAGAGCUCUUGUUACCGAAAACUCCGGGGUGGAAGAAUUGGAAGGACGGCCUCGGGCGAGAUUAUAUUUGGUGGGCACAUCAUAUCAGGUCUCCACGGAUCACCCAGCUCCUGAUGGACUAUGGCGCUGAUAUCAAAAACCGACACAGUGAGGAUGGCGCGACAGACGUCUCGAGUGACCCGCCUCCCUUGAACAAACCAAGAGGUUUUUGUGACUGCUGCAUCGGCCCGGUGUUGCAGGGUACACCACUCUACUCUUGUAGCAUAUGCUGGGCUGGUCAAUUCUGCAUUUGCGUUGAAUGUUUUGAAGGAGGGCUAAGAUGUUUUGACAGUUCUCAUGACUUGGCAUUAAAGUAA